AUGGAAUUAAAAGAUGAAAUAAAUAUAUUACAAGAUAAUAUACGUAUAAUAUUACAAGAAAAAAAACAAAUUAAUUUAACAUUAAAAAAAUUAUCAAAUCAAUUAAUUAAUUUCAAUAAUGGAGAUUCUAAUGUAUUAUUAUCUAAUAAAGUAUUAAAUAAUAAUUCAUUUGAUUCUAAACGUAAAUUAAAAGAUGAAGAGAAUUAUAAAGAAUAUGAACCAGAGAAGAGGCCUAGAAUUGAAGAUGAUAAUGAAACAAUUCAUAGACAUAAACGUUUAAUGAAAGUUGGACUUUUUGGUUAUUUAUUAAAAGCUAAAGAUGCACUUGUUAAAGAAAAAGAUAAUCAACUAGUAUGUUACCCCGUUACGGUGCUUGGUCACACGGCCAACCACCAGCCCCGAAAGGGGCUUCUUAUUAAUUCCUUAGUUAUACAGUUAUAUACCCUUAGUAGUUAUAUUACCAUUAGUACACUCCAUAGCUGUAAAAUUAGCUCCCUUUCCCGUAGUAUUAAAAGUGUAUAUUUUCUCCCUUUCCAGGGUCUAUUUAGUUAUAUCCCUUACAGGGAUACGAAAUUAGAAGAAAAACAAAAAGAACAAUCAACAUUAUUACAAAAAGAUAUACAAGAACAAUAUGAUAUAAAUAAAAAUAAAUUAGAAAUAUUAAAUAAAGAAUUAUUAGAAAAACAAACACAAUUAAUGAGAAUGAAAUUAAAAGAACAUUAUGAGAGUAUGGGUAAUUUUAUAGCAACAUCAACACAACCAACAAUAUUUUGGAUACCAUUUAAAUUUAAUCAUCAUCUUAAUACUUUAAGAAAUACAACCAAAAAUUUCAUUAAUAAAAAAAUCGAAUUAAUCUUAAAUACUAAUUAUUAUGAUUAA